UCUUGUUCUCUUCCCACUUUACUCCUGAUUCUCUUCCUUUCGGAAUUUCAUCGAACUACUCAACAACCCUAUAUACUUUUUAUUUUAUUUGUAUAAUAUUCUCAUGCAGAUUAAAUAAUCAGAAUAUUUCGACCUUUUUCCUCCGUAUAUAAAUAGGCAACAACACACGUAGAACAUGGCCCCAAACCCUAGUAAACACUCUCAACGACUCAUAUAUAUCAUUAUACCACCUAAUAUUCAUACUUUUGUACGUCAUGAGUUCAAUGGCAAGAGACCGAAAAGAACAAAUGGUCAUCCAGUCUUCCAUCGUCUUGCUUCAAGAAAGAUUCAGACAGCUUCAAAGAGCAAGAGAGCUGAGAGCCGAGCGAGAGCUCCUUAACCCUAAACCUAACCACCAAGACAACAUCUUGCAAUAUUACAGCGAACCCACGAGUUUUGGUUUCUUCCAGUUUCUACCUCUAAACUCUCAAACAUCCUCGUCACAGCAGCUUCUCUCCCUCUCCUUAUGCCCUCAUUCCACCUCUGAAUCCAUCGAAAAGCCAAGCUUUUGUCAUCAGUGGCCAAAUAAAGACGAUAAGAAGAUGGGUGGGUUUGAUCGAUAUGACGACGUUGAUACAUCUCUUCACCUCUAAAAUUUGUUCCUCCAUCUUUUUUCUUUACUUUUAGUUUAUAAAUAUGUAUGUAUAACCUUUUUUUGGGUCAGUAUGCUCCUUUAAAGAGUCUUGUAGGUGGUGGUGAUAUGUAUGGUUAAAAUGGCAAUCAUAUAUAUAUUAAUUAUUUCCAAGUUCAUGAUUUUAUGCCAUAUUUUAUUUUACGAU